AGCAAGCCUCCACCUAGAAGACACGCAAUUCCCAUUUUCCCUUCUUCUUUUUGACCAAAUUCUCUCUCUUUUUCAUCACCAUUGCGUAAUACUCCCAUAUUCUAGUAAACGACACUUCUCUCUUUCUCUUUCUACAACUGUCUCGCCUCAUUCUUCUCUCUCUUCUUCCCUCCCUCAACUUUGGACUUAGAACAAUGCGGAAUUUCCAAUUCUUCCAACGCUUUUCUAAAAAUUUCCGUGAUUAUGACUCUCAGUUCAAGCUUGUUCUCCUCUGCACCACCGUAAGUGGUGGUGGUCUUUUGGCAUACGGUGAGGCUGUUGCUACAUCUGAAUCGGCGGUGCCUGAGAAGAAAAAGGUGCUGGUGCUGGGAACUGGUUGGGCAGGAACAAGUUUCUUGAGGAAUCUCAACGAUCCCAGAUAUGAGGUUCACGUCGUUUCUCCUCGCAAUUAUUUUACUUUCACUCCUCUGCUGCCUAGUGUUACCUGUGGCACCGUCGAGGCUCGCAGCAUUGUGGAACCAGUCCGCAAUAUCUUCAGGAAGAAACAUGUGGACUCUCGAUUCAGUGAAGCAGAAUGUCUCAAGAUUGAUGCAGUAAACAGAAAAGUUUACUGUCGAUCUAAUAUAAACAAUAAUUUGAAUGAAAAAGAAGAAUUCGUCGUGGACUACGACUACUUAAUCAUAGCUGUUGGAGCAAAUGUCAACACAUUUAAUACUCCUGGUGUCACGGAGAAUUGCCAUUUCUUGAAGGAAGUUGAAGAUGCACAAAAGAUUAGAAGAACUGUAAUUGACAGCUUUGAGAGAGCAAGUUUGCCUAGUGUGAGUGAUGAAGAGAGAAAGAGAAUUCUUCAUUUUGCUAUUGUUGGAGGUGGUCCAACUGGAGUAGAGUUUGCAGCCGCACUUCAUGAUUUUGUCAGUGAGGAUUUGGUCAAAUUAUACCCUGGGGUAAAAGAUUUAGUUAAAAUCACGCUCUUGGAGGCUGGAGGUCAUAUCUUGAGCAUGUUUGACAAAAGAAUAACAACCUUUGCUGAAGACAAGUUCAAAAGAGAUGGUAUUGAUGUGAAAACAGGAUCCAUGGUUACAAAGGUAUCUGACAGAGAAAUUACCACUAAAGAAAUGAAAAAUGGAGGAGAAAUUACUACUAUUCCAUAUGGAAUGGCUGUCUGGUCAACUGGUAUUGGCACUCGUCCAUUCAUAAAAGAUUUUAUGACACAAAUUGGUCAGGUUAACAGACGUGCCAUAGCUACUGAUGAAUGGUUGAGAGUUGAGGGAACCGACAAUGUGUAUGCGCUUGGUGAUUGUGCUACAAUAAACCAGCGAAAAGUCAUGGAAGAUAUUGCGGCGAUAUUUAAGAAGACUGAUGCAGACAACUCAGGAACACUUACACUCAAAGAAUUUCAGGAGGUAAUGAAUGACAUCUGUGAAAGGUACCCUCAGGUGGAGCUAUAUCUAAAGAAUAAACAGAUGCAUGGCAUUGCUGAUCUGUUGAAGGAAUCCAAGGGAGAUGUUAAAAAAGAAUCUAUUGAACUCAAUAUCGAAGAACUCAAGACCGCUUUUUCCAAUGUGGACUCCGAGAUGAAAUUUCUCCCUGCUACAGCUCAGGUUGCAUCUCAGCAAGGCACCUACCUGGCCAAAUGUUUUAACCGGAUGGAAGAGUGUGAAAAAAAUCCAGAAGGUCCUAUUAGGUUUAGGGGAGAAGGGCGUCAUCGGUUCAAACCCUUCAGGUACAAGCAUUUAGGUCAAUUUGCUCCUCUGGGAGGCGAGCAGACAGCUGCACAGCUACCUGGAGAUUGGGUUUCAAUUGGACACAGUAGUCAAUGGUUGUGGUAUUCUGUCUAUGCAAGCAAGCAAGUCAGCUGGCGCACAAGGGCGUUAGUGGUGUCAGACUGGAUGAGACGCUUUAUAUUUGGGAGGGACUCGAGUCAAAUCUGAAGGAUAUUUAAUAUCUUCCAGAUCCCUGCAUUGGCAAUAUUGAAGUGUUCUUCAAUCUUGAAUAUAUUUUGAUAUAGGAAAAUUUCUGUUUCAAUUCCCGAUUCUUUGAAUAACGCAAGCAUACUCAGCUGGAAUAUCAGUGCUGGGAUUUAUUAUCAUGACUUGCCACUUUUAACUCCAUGUACGAAUUUCUUACAUGCCCCUUUCCCUUUUUGUUUUGUGCUUCUGGUAUUGGAAUUGUGGCAUUACUGGAUCUCCGAGUUUUGCAGAUCUAUUUCGGAGAUGCCUCUGGAUGUUAGCUUUUCAUGUCAAAUAAUUAUUGUCAUACUUCUUCUCAAGCUUUGCUGGAGUGAACUGGUAGAAUGAAUAAUCACUUUAAUACAUUAUUUUGUUUCUUCUGUCUUGUCA